UCACUCGAACUAUUCACGCGUGCCCCGGUGUCGGCCUGUGUCCUCGUUACAGACUGCUGUCCUCACUGUCUGGUGCUGCGGACAGGACAUACACUGUACAUCUUAAGGUAGUCCGCCUCAAACGAGGGAAGAGACUUUUUCCCCACUGUUUCAGUGUUUGUGGAGAGUUGGCUUUAUGUGAUCAGUGCUAUGGAUUUCUCGUGGCCGUGACCUCAAGGGUCAGGUUGACAUGUAGUUUCUAUUAGUAUCGUGUGUGUGUGUGGUUUGUCUUCUAUCAUAAAAGUAUUUCCGUUCCUAAAGUAGAUCUAUAAGUAUAGUGAAUGUUUCAAAUCUUGUGGAUAAUGUUUGGGCCCGUGAAUUCAGUGAUCAAAGUGAUUAGCCCGAUUACAUUUAGUCAAGUGAGGAAAGACUUGUAUGUUCAUUCUUGAGACCUAUUGAGUGACAUUAAAAUGGAUCCGCCUAAAUCAAAAAUCAAAAGAUUCAAGUUCUCAUUCCGAAAGAGUCAGAACGAAUCGAACAUGCCUGAGAUUGAUCAGAUACUGGAUUAUAAUAGACAGCACCCGAUCCCAGGGGAGAUUAGUCCAACAGAUUCUGUCAGUACUUUAAACUCUGACCCAUACGUCCCAGACUCGGACACGCUCCAGAAAAAGCAGCGCAUGAGACAACUGCAGCGCCCAGUUUCUAUGGACGCCAGCUGUUUAGCCACCGACUCGCAGCGUCAGAAAGUGUCGUCUGUGAAGAUCAGAAACAGCAGGUCGGCUGUGGUGUCUUCCUCCCAGAUCGCGACACAUACAUCGGAGAGCAAAAAGACAAUCGUAUCAGGUCAGAUUUCUACAGUUGCUUCUGAGACAAAGACAAUAACAACGUCAGGUCGGCAAACUCCAAAGACUGAGCAGCAACAUAAUUCGGAUCCAAACACUAAAACAUCCACCACAAGUAAGUCCCAGUCCGUGUCUUUCUUUCUUUCAGAAGAGAAGGAAGAAGCAAAAUCUUCCGCAGCCAGCAAGAAAGACCUAAGCCUUCCCUCAGGCUCGUCACUAUCACACUCAUCCCUCGCUAAGGACGCCAAGCCUAAAAACGUUGUUUUAAGAUCGCUUUCGAGUCCCCCACCGAAGACUGUCGCCGCCUCUACGGGACCGAAGACUGUUGCCGCCUCUACGGCACCGAAGACUGUUGCCACCUCUACGGCACCGAAGACUGCUGCCGCCUCUACGGCACCCACCAAGGAAACACCUUUGCCCCCAGAGACGAAGCCGUUAGUUGCUGACAAAACGGAAAAGACCACCAUGGUAGUCCAACCUUGCCCCAGAUACAGUCUUGGAUUUCUCAAUCACGUCCAGAACAGACACACAUUUUCGAAGGCCGUCUCGAAACAAAACGAAGUGGCUACCACAGCCAUCCAAUCACUUGACUGCUUGAACGAUCAGAUUGUCCAGUACAUAGUCUCCGCCCAGUGCCAGGGUGCUAAAGAUGGCCGGGCAUCUGACGAGUCUGUCCAGUCUUCCAUGGUACUCAUUCGGCGACUUUUGCUCGACGCUCAGGUUCGGUUUCGUAAGAUGGUAGAGGAUAAUCGUCAGUUGGCUAAUCACAUUGAUACGUCAAUUCAGGCAGCCAAUCAGGAAGUAACUUUGCUUAAAGCAGAGCUAGCUUCAACUAAUAAAAAACUGAGUCAGUUUGGGGUUAAAGACGACAUGGGCAAAGUGGACAAAGGUAUUCAAGUGGACAGAAAUUUCGUAGAAGAACUGAGCAAGGGAGAUAAAAGUGACUCAGACAAAGAAGACAUGGAGGUAACUGUGCAGAGCCUGACCAGAGAGAAUGAGCAAUUAUUGGAAGACUACAAACAUUUAAUAGAGGAGCAUGAUGCUUUAAAGUGUACCCAGGAUGAUAUCAAACGUGAAAAUGAAAACUUGAAAGCUGAAAAUGCAAGGCUUGAGACGCAGCUCAAAAGUUUGAAGAAAGAUUUUGAUGAAGUUCGAAUGGUGAAACUAGAAGCUGUACAUUCUGAUUCUAAGCCUAGCUAUGGGGAAAUAAAGCUGGAGUUGAUCCAAGCAAAGCAAGAACUGAAUAGAGCAAAGGAAGUUCUUCAAGGUAUGAAGAGCGAUCGUAAAAGGUUGAAGGGUGAGAAGCUUGACCUACUCAGCCAGAUGAAGCAACUCUACACGACUUUGGAAGAAAAAGAGACAGAGUUACGAGACUUCAUUCACAAUUAUGAGCAGAGAGUCAAAGAAAGUGAUGACAUAAUCAAACAACUUGCAAAAGAGAAGGAAAAUGUUGAAAAUGAAAAAUGGGAGAUCAUCACAAAGGCAAAAGAUGCUGCAGAAAGAUCAAUGAUUUUAAAAACUCAGCUUGAUGCUAAAGAACAGGCUUUAAAAGAGGCUGAAGCACAACUGAAAGAGUUGCGGGACCAACUGGCAAGUCAAGAUAAUAAUGUCACCUCCACAACUGGUCACACUAGUCAAGGGGAAACAAUCAUCACUGAUAUUGAUGAUGACAGCAUUGUGGCUGCAGAAGAUAAUGGCUUUAGUACCAUGGAAGAAUCUUCAGUGUUAAACUGUACCUUCAAUACAGACCUUGAUAAUGGAGCACAAGUGAUCAGUACCAGUCCCAUCAGUAUUACAGAUUCCAAUGACAACUCCAGCCUUGUGUUCCGGUGGUUUACACAAAGUUCAGACUUUGAGCUACCAUUGGAGUCCAAGCCUAGCAAAAAAAAGAAGAAAAACUUUGGUGGAUCUCUAUCUAGAGUGUUUAGUAAGGGCAGAAUGAGACGGUCCAUUGCAGUGCCACAUGCAGAGAGUAUUAUAACAGAAGACACAUGUCCAAAGCUGUGUGUUCUUAGCCAAGACAACUAUCAGGAGAAACUCAACACUAUAGAAAAGAUGGUUGGUGUUCAUAUGAAGGAGUGGCGAGCCCAUCAGGUGUUGGCUUGGUUAGAGAUAACUCUGGCCAUGCCCAUGUAUGCCCAGAACUGUCUUCUAAAUGUUAAGAGUGGACUGAUUCUUUUAGGCCUUAGUGAUAGUGAAUUGAGUGCAGCCUUAGGUGUCACAAACCCAAUGCAUAGAAGAAAAUUGCGUAUUGCCAUUGAACAACAUAGAAAUCCAAAUGAAAUAAAAUAUAUCAAGGGAAGUGAGAUGGACCCAACCUGGAUAGCUCAUCGCUUUCUUCCAGAUCUUGGCCUGCCACAGUACACUGAUGUCUUUGAGGAACAACUUUGUGAUGGGCAUGUCCUGAACACUUUGACCAGAAGAGACCUUGAGAAAUAUUUUUCAGUUCACAGAAAGUUUCAUCAGUCUUCCAUAUUGCAUGCUAUUGAACUUCUCAGACGUAUUGAUUUCAACAAAGAGAAAUUAUAUCAUCGAAGAAAUCUCUGUGAAGAUAAAGAUUUCGACUUGAUUGUGUGGACUAAUGAAAGACUUAUGAAAUGGACCAGAAAAAUUGACCUUGGAGAGUACAGUGAGGCUUUGAUUGAGAGUGGUGUCCAUGGGGCUAUGAUGGUGUUAGAACCCUCUUUUAAUUCAGACACUUUGGCAUCUAUUCUGGGUAUUCCACCAUCAAAGUCCUACAUCAGACGUCAUUUGGCCACAGAGCUGGAAAUAAUAUUAAAACCUGCCAGGUCUUACCAAAAAGGAAUAAAAAUUCUAAGGGCAGCUUUAGACAAUGUUGAGGCUAAGAGCAUUGACAACAGUAAGAACAACUCAAACAGAAGCCGGAAAAGUUUGCAGGAGAAAAAUCUCCAGGUGGCAGCAGACAAGGGUCGCAGAAAGUCUGCAGAAGAAGGAAGGUCGAGACUGAGUUUUAGGGGCUCUCUUGGCCGAGCUUUUGGGAAGAAAGUACGAGAUGACUUAAAAAUGAAUUUGGACACAUCUAAAAUCUCAGCUCCAAUACCGAUUCAGCAUUCUAGUCUUUCAUCAUUGGAUAAUAAUUCAGAGCUUUUAAGAAAAGGAUUCUGUGUCAAAGAUCCCCAGAAAGAUGUUUACAACAGUAAGCCCCUUAAAAAUCCUCAAAUUAAUGGGCUGGUGACACAAGAUAUGCGGAGGCUGUGUUUAACAAAGUCAGACCAGACAUUGCACAAAAGUACAGACUACAAUGGUUCUGAUGCCAAAAAUCCAAAGACUAAUUUGGAUAAAUCUUGUCAGGAUAUUCUUCUAGAAGGAGUUAAGAUUCUUCAGGAUGGAGUGGACAGCAAUGAAAUAUCCUCAAUUGGAUCGUCACAGGAAACUCUUACUGAUCAACCAUCUAAAUUGGAAAGAAACAACAAUUUGCAAAAAAAUAUGGCUGGCGUUCAAACACAGCUUCCUUAUCAAUCUUUACCAGAAAUACCCCAAAAAUCCCAGAGCAGUCCGAUUAUUUCACCACAUGUUGCCAGCUUGCUGUUGUCCACAAUACCAAACAAGUCCACAACAUCUCCAGCAUCAAAUACAAAAAGUACUAGCACUAAGCUGUUCUCAAGGCACAGCAGCUGGCUAGAGGAAGACAACUGUCCACAGAAGAAAAAAUCGCUGCUGAAGCUCUCCAGUGACAAAUCUCAGAGACACAGCAGCAGCAGUUUGGUAGAGAGCCUGUUACGGCUUGAUCACAGGUCUGAGGUUAAGAAAAGCACAACUCCUGAAACUAAAGACAGACUAAACUCAGUUGGACUAAAACAAAAUAUUCUUCCCCAAACAACUUCUGUAUAAGCCAGCAUUUCUUGUAAAGCACUUCCAUUCGUACAUAUCCCAGUGUCACAGCAGUCCAUGAUAGUUUUUUUUUUUUUUGUUUUCUCAUUGAAGUUUGAAAAUUCAUAAAUUUAGCAUCAAAAUAUUUUUAAAUAUUGCAUUUCUACUAGGCUAAGUUUCUGUUUUUUUUACUCCUCUGUUGAAAUUAAAGUAAUCCAACAUUCAAAUUACCUUAUGACAGUAAACUAAUUAUUUGCUUGUUGAUUUUUAAAAAAAAUAAAAAUCGGCAUUAAUAAAGUCAGAGCUGAAACUUGUAAAUAUUACUGUACAGAAAGAAUUAUCACCCCUACUAUUUUGUGAGAUGUUUGUUUGAAGGAUCAGCAAAAUAUUCUGUGAAUGUAAAAUCCACAUGUAAAUAUUGUACAUUUAAAUAAUGGUGCUUUUACUAAAUUUAUUUAUAAAUAUAUAUAUAUUGGUAUACACACACAUUUACAGUUGCUGUUUUUUUUUUUAAUAUCAUUUUGAAAUGUUCAGAAAUCCUGAUAUUAAUUUUUUUUUAACUUACGUCCAAUAAUUUUACAUAUUUCAUUGUAUAACAAGAAGAUUAGACUGAGACUAAAUUUUUACAUGGUGGCAUAUUCAGCAUUAUAAUUUAAUUACUAAUCUAUAAUGUUUUAAGUUAUUGUUUUAAACAAAAUUUUAAAUAAGUUUCUUUGUAAAAAAUAUUUCCCCAUGCAAUUAUAACUCAUCCCAUUUUUCUUUUAUGGAAAUAAUUGUUAUAACUUCAAUUCUGAAGAUUGAAGAAGUACUAAUGGCAAUUUCUUCAAUUCUGAGGAUAAGGAUGAGAAUGAUCUAUAGAUCACUCUGUAGUUUUUUUAUACAUAUAUUUUCUAGAAAGUUGUAGUUUUUACUUCCAAUGUUUAAUAUUUAAAAGCAAAGAAAUAAUGUUUCAGAGAAUCAGGCUUUCUGUAAUCAGCUUGUAUUUUGUAUAUAGUUUGUUACAUUCAUGUACACUCGUAUAUAUAUGUCAUUUGAAAAUGUAACACUGUAAUAUAUAGAGGUCUAUGCUUGCUAUGGAUGGUCAUAAAUUUGACAGUCUAAGAAAUGCUAAGGCUUUGAAAUAAACUAUGUUUAGUACCAGAGGACUUGUUUGUGAGUGAUGUAGUGUAGUGUUUUGAAGAAAAUUAAUAAAAGUAGCAAAUGUAGAUACCAACUUUUUAAAAGAAUUGAAAAUGUGAUACUUUUGUACAAUACUUUUUAUAUUUUUAAGUUAACUUGUACAUAAUUAUUUUCAGAAUUGUUAAAAUAAAUAUAUUUUUAGGUUGUUUUCAACAGAAAAUUUCCCUUUAUUUUAAACAGAAAGCUCCCACAACUAAGAUGAUAAAGCAAAAAAACAACAACAUUCUAUUGGCUUAUAAGGUUUUGUGUGUGUUCCCUUUUAAAUAAAGGAUAUAAUUACAAUGUAUAUGCAUCAUGUUUAAUAACACCAGUCAAUGCAUUUAAAAGUUACUGUAAUUCUUGUGUGCAUGUCCGAUAUUAAAUAUGUAUCCCAAUGCAGAA